ACGCUGCCCUGCCAUCCCGUCGCCGCGCCGCCCGGACUCGCCCAGCGCUCGCCGGGUCUCUCCACAGUUUCGCGACCAUCCGAGGCUGAAAGAAAGCGGAAAAUCUGAAGGACAUCAAAGAGAUGAAUAUCGGCAAGUGGGGAUUGAAGUCUGGUGAUUCCAAAUCUGAAUCUGAGUUGCAGGUAUAUAAGAAAGAGAAUGCAGCCCUGAAAAAAUCUUUGGAAGACCUCAUUAAGGGCAAAAGAAAAAUGACGCCAGAAGAAAGGAACAGAUUCCUGGAGAAAAUACUUGCCCUUGAAACAGAAAAUGCAAAAUUUAAUAAUAUCCUUGGAGAGAAAAAUCAAGAAAUUCAGCUCCUGAAAGACAAGCUGAAGAUCAAAAGUAAAAAUGGUGAUGUUACUUCUCUGCUUAGUCAACUAGAAGAGAAAACACAGGAAGUGGCAAAGAGAGAACAGCUACUUCAUUCGCUCUCUGAAGAGGUGGAUCGGUUGAAAAACCAGUUAUCUGCCGUUACUACAGAUUGUUCAGACCUUGAAAAUAGAGCCAAUAAUGUGCAGAUUUCCAAGGAAACUGCUAUAAACUGCACUGGAACACCAACAAAUGAAGUUGAAAUCCAACUGAAAGAUGCUCUGGAGAAAAACCAGCAGUGGCUGAUAUAUGACCAACAGCGAGAGGCCUACGUUCAGAGCCUUGUGGCAAGGCUCUUUGAACUGGAACAGCAGCUGGAAACUGUUAACCAGCACCAACCAAAUGAAACCAGGGCAGAAGAAGAUAAGCAAAGAUAUUACGAACAGUUGUUGCUAGCCACCAGGAAUGACCUAGAGACAGAAAGGCGUUCCGUAGCCCAGCUGCAUUCCGAACUCAUUGAAUUCAAAAGGAAGUAUGAUGAAGCCAAGCAGGAGGUGAUGAAUUUAAAUAGUCUACUAAAGUCGCACAAGCAGGCUGACAUUCAGACUCUGCAGGACGAAAACAACCUCAAAGGGCAGAUGCUGCAGAGGCUUACUCAAGAAAAUGAAGUGACCAGAGACCAACUUGAGGAAGAAAGGAAACGAACGCAAGCACUCUCAUCUCAGGUUGAGAUGCUUCAGAGAUCUAUGCUAAAACAGCAGGAAGAACACACAAGGAUAACAGCUUUGGAACAGCAGAUCCAGGCAUGCACAUCCGACUUUGAGAACGAGAAGCUCGACCGUCAGAACUUGCAGCAUCAGUUGAGCAAAGUCCUUAAGGAGCUGCGCAAGGCAAGGGACCAAAUAACUCGCCUUGAGCCCUCAAAGCUUCCAGAGUGUGGAGGAUGUACAGAAGUCUUGCACGACUUCCAGGCUGCCUUUGAAGACAAGCUGACAAUACAGAACAAAUGUCCUUCACCAAAACGUUCAAAUCUUCUUGAUGAAAGUUUCUUGGAGUGCCCCAAAUGUAAAGCACAAUAUCCUACAAGCCAGCAUAGGGAGCUGUUAGCCCAUAUUGACUUCUGUGCAGAUUAAAUACAAGGACAAACUUGUAGGUAUGUCUUGUCGCUCCAUGUAUUUUCAACAGAAAAUAAUGGCUGGUUAAAAAAAAAAAAGCAGCAAGAUUCUAAAGGACCACAGUUCCUAUUCCCAUGAUACGUACUUCUAUUCUCCUUAUUAUUAUUGUUUUACAAAGGGGUAGACCUUAACAGUAUCUAUGAAACAGGAAACAGUUUUGUUUUAGAGUGGUAAUGUAAAUUCUAAACUACUGAUUGUGCCAUAUUUGCACAGCCGGAACCAGUAGAAAUGGUUUGAUUUUAUUUUCCAUGACCAAAUACCCCAUGCAAAUAGUCAACAAAAUUACUGGCAAGCAUUCCUGUUUCGAUCUUAAAGAUAUAUGUAGGUUGUUUUGCUGGAUUAAUAUUUUCUGCUUUAUAUAUUGUCUGUUUCCAGAAAUGCAUUUUCAGAAUCUUGGGGCAGAAAGGAAAAUGUUUCUAAUAUAUGAGUCUCUGUGAGGAUGUAGCCCACCUGAGGGAAUGUGUGGCGACAAUUGCGUGUAGCAGAAAAUUUAUAUAGUACCUCUUCUACAUUCCAUCAAACUUUUUGUGUGUGUGUGCAGAAAAAAAGAGCAUCAGGGUGCCUCUUAAGACUGUUGCAGCCAUUUUGUUUGCUUGAAGUACACUCCUGUUUGCACUCUGCUAUCCCACAGCUAAAAGCUAGGGAUAUAAUUUAUCAGGGAACCAGUAUGAGGAAAUGGUUUUUAAAUGAAUAAAACAGAAUUGGCUAUGCCACCAA